AUGGCAAGUGCAAGCCCUGAAGCUAUGUGCUGUCCUAGCUUGAUUGAGGGCCUGCCUGAUCUCGAGCUUUCGCUUGCCUGUGGGCCGCAUGAAACCUGCCAGCUGGUGUUGCCCAAGCUCAUUGCUGGGAGUUUUCCUGGCGAUCGAUCUGAGCCAGAGCACACGGCAAAAGUGCAAAAGCUGAUCGCUGCGGGGGUAGAUACCUUCCUUUGUCUACAGGAACGUGCGGAGUUGAAGCGCUUCACACCGUAUAUGCAGAUUGCACGGUUGGCACACGAGGCAUCUCACAGGAAAAGUGAGGUUGAGUUUUUUCACUGCCCCAUACCUGACUUGGGUGUGACCGCAGAUGAAGAGCUCCUGAAGGCCAUACGGACUGUUGUGGCCAAGCUGCUGGAGGGGCGUGCUGUAUACAUACAUUGCUGGGGUGGCCACGGCCGAACUGGUACAGUGAUUUGUGCUUUCCUUGUGUUGUGCUAUGGCCUCAGCCCUGAACAAGCCCAAGACUUCUACAAUGUGGGAGAGAAGCGUCGGAAGUCUCGUGCUGGGGUUUGGCCUCACUCUUCCACACAGAGAGAACAGGUGGAGCGCCUGAGCAAGUAUGGCACAACCGGAGUGCCUGAUGGCACAAUUCUACCGCCUUUGGAGGACUGGACCAUUCGGCCACGGGAACUUGGAGGAGCUGGGUGUUGCGGCUGGGCAGGCUAG